AAUGGCCGACGGGGCUACGGGAAAAGGGCAGGGACGUCGAGUGGUUCGAGGAUCGGGAUGUAAGAAAUGAAAUUAUCUCGGUCAAUGUUAACAAUUGAGGCGUGAAUAACCCGGUAAAUUAUUAGACUUGUGAUCGCGUGCGUAACCGAUAUUAAAAAGGUCAAGUCUGAGCGGGUGGGUUACUAAUAAUCGUGUAAUAAAGAAACUGUUCACGGGGCAAGUGGCAACACAGGGACUUGCCAGAGAUAUAUCAUAUCCCAGAUUAUAUCGAUCCUUACGGAGGGAACUAAAUCGAACAUGGCGAUCGGGUAAACGAAUUUUUAUUUUCGAGUAAAUAACUCGCGGAUAGUUUUUGCCCGGUGUUAAAAUGUGAAGAAGAAACAAGUUCCGAGAAUGAAGCCACAGAAGAAGGCAGUUGUAGUGGGACGCAAGGGCGCCGCUGCAGUUGCUACCACUGGUAAAAAACGACGCGCAUCCCCGGAAAAAAUUAACAAUUCCGAUCCACCGAAAAGGGAUAAGAAAACGGAAGCUUUGGAAAAGAAGGCGAAACGGGUUGAGGCGAUUUUCGCAUCGGCGAAAAAGUCUGAUAAGUCGGAAGAUCUGAAAAAGAAGGCGCAGGAAAAGUGUGACGAUUUAAAAAAGAAGUUGGAGAAAGUCGAUGAAAAGAAAAAAGGGGAUAAAGUUGAUGAUAAAAAAAAAACGACCGAGAAGGCCGAGGAGAGAAAAAGGGUCGAAAAAGAUAAAUUGGAGGAAAAACGUAACAAUGCCGAGAAAAUUGAGGAUCCCAAGAAGUCGCAGCAGGAAGAAUUGAAAAAGAAGACUGAGAAACAAGAAGAUAAGAAAAAGCAGAACAGCAAAGAUCAAGAAAAGAAGCACGAGAAGAUAGAUAAAUCUGAAGUCAGAGUCGAAGAAGAGAAGACCGAGGUGAAAGAUAACUGCAUUGGGCAGGAAAAGAAAAAAAAAGAUGCGCAAUCCGAAGAUGCAGCGAAGUCAGUUCUUCAACGUGUUGAAGAUAAGGCUGAAGAAAAUUUGGAAAACACAGAUUGUGUGAUAACCAAGAAGAAGACUAAGGUAGAUGAAAAAAAAAAGGAGCUGAAGGUUACGAAGAAAGGUGAGCGAAAAAAGUCCCCAGAGAAAGAAAAUAGCGGGAAAAAAUGUUCUCCGAGUACAGCCAAGGGGAAGAAGGAGGCGAAGCCAAAGCAGUCGCGGAAGAAACCAACGCCGGUAAAGAAAACGAUUCUCGCUAAAAAGAUAACGUCUCGAGCUGUACCAGUGACAAAGAAAUUGUUACAAACGAAAAUGAAGCUAGUCAAAAAAUUGCGUACUGUCGACUCGAAUGAUCUGGGUGAAACUGAAGAGGGGGCGAAAAAGUCAAAGAAAAAGUUGCCAACAGCUACCGCACCAGCGGUGAAGAAUUGCAAGGUCAACGAGAAGAAGCCACAGUUGGCGAAACAAAUGAAGUCAAAGGUAGUGCCGCGUAAGUUACCCAAGGCGAAUUCCGUGCUUUCGACGAAGAAGGAAGCAAAGAUGUUGAAGUUGGCCGAGAAAAUAGUCGCGAAAAAGAAGAACAACUCUUCGAUGCAAUCAGAGAGUACGAAAAAUUUGGUCACGGAGGAUUCCACACUCGGUAAAACGACCGACGAUCAGCUGGAUUCUAAGACCAUAAAGAGAGAACUGGAUUCCAGCGAAGAUUAUACACCGUGGAAAAAGUCUACUGCCGAUGGUAAAAAAACGGUAAAGAACAAUAUCUGCAAACCAAAAGUAACUAAUAAAAAAUUGCCGAAAAAGUGCUUGAAGAUUACGAAAAAUCGUACUGGAAACAGCGAACGCAAUUCGAAUACCUCCGAUGAAGUAAUGUUGGAAGAUCUCCUAAAAAACUCAAAGAUUGUUGCGGUCGAAGAAAAUGAGAAACCGAAUAUCCUAAAACAAUCAAAACAAGAAACCAACGGAGAUACUUUGCUUCGAAUUGGCCUGAAGGUGGAAACGGACGACAGAGACGAUUCUUCGAUAUCCGCGACUACCGAUGGCGAAGAAGACGAUGACGGUGAUGACGGCGACGAUAACGAGGAUCACGACGACGAGGAAAAUUCGGGAACCGUGAAGAGUAAAAAACGUAAUAUCAAAAAACGGGACCGUAAAAGUCCCUCGUCCGAUGCGUCAUCGGAACGAGCGAGGAGGAUGAGAUUGUUCGGAUUUUGGACGGGCCCAAAGCGUCAUCGAGUAGCUUCGCUCAACGCGUCAGCAAAAGUGCAUUGUUUGUACGAGAAUGAAGCAAGCGGUGUCUACCUCGGUGGUUACUGCAAACCGAAGGCAGAGAAAGAGAAACAGUCCAAAAAGUUGAAGGAAGAUCAGGAUAAGGAAAAGGAAAAAGAAAAAGAUAAGGAAAAAGACAAAGACGAGGUGAAGGAAAAAGAGGUAUCAUCGUCGUCGAAAAAGGUGCAAGAGACGAAGCCGAAGGUGGAGGAAAUCUCUCCUAAACGUAAUUUGAGAAACGUGCCGGGAUUGCGCGGAAAGCACUGGGAUAUGAUGGAGAGUUCUUCCUCCUCACCUUCGUCUUCCGACGAAGAGCAGCGCGCAUCAGAGGAGCGUAAAAAUGUGGAGGCAAACAAAAAAAAGGUGGCGAAACGACGUAAGAAGAACGAGGAAGUAAUGGACUUGAAAGACAUGGUGGUCUGCAAGCGUAUGGCGAGUCUCAACGCUUCGGCCAUACUAGCUGCCUCUUAUUCCGACGAAAAAUAUCACUGCAGAGGAUCCUCAUUUAGCGAAUCCUCCAGCGAAUCGGAUGUUGAGGUCGUCAGAAGGCGGAAGCAGAGCGACUCGGAGGCUGAGAGGCGAAAGUCGCGGCAGGGCUCUGACCCCGAAGAAGUCAUCAAACAGCCAAAGAAAGUCGUCAUCGUUAACCAGGACACCGACGUUACCAUUACAGGCGUCUACGUUAACCAGACGAGGUCUACACACCACGAAGGAUUUUGCAGCAUUGCGGGUAUGCAAUAUCGCAUCAGUUCAACCAGUCACACUCAAACCGCUGCAACUGCUGUCGCAACUGAAAUUCAUGAACAUCCAAAACCCGAACAGCCAUGUAAGUCGUACACUCCUCUCGGCGCUCUGUCCUCUAUGCAACCACCGGGGAGUCAAGGCCCGCCUCAUCCGCCUAUGUCACCGAGAAGACACUCGGCGUUCUCAGCCCCCCAUCAGCACGGGUAUUAUCAACCGGCUGGUCCACUGAUACAGCAUCCCCCAACGCUACCACCGGUAAAAGCUCCUCCACCGGAACCAACACCGACGCCUCCCCAAAAUUCAGAAGGUUCUGAUGACCUUGUAGCAACCUCUACUACCUCCGGGGGUACGACGAGUGGUGGUCCAGGUGGUGGAAGCUUCUACAGAACAUAUUGUCCGCAAUACUACGGCACCCCACCGCAAUAUCAAGAUCUUUGUUAUCCACCAACGUACUCUCAUCCACAUCCGCAUCCGCAUCCACAUCCGCCGCCUUAUUACAAGUACGCGCCAACUUAUAGACGUCAGUACUAUGGGUACCAGGAAUCAACGGGUCCUGGUGGCGGCGGACCCGGUGGUGGAGGUAGUGGAGGUGGUCCAGGAGUGGUUGAAUACCAGUCACCUCCGCCACCCCUUGCGGAAUAUCCACCACCCCCGUAUUAUGGGGGCUACCAACCACCGCCCCCUCCACCACCACCCCCUGGGAAUCCGGCAUACAUGCAUCCUCAGGGAAGACCUUUUGUAGACCAUGCAGCUUUUCAAGGCUGUCCAUGUCCGAUGCAGUCGUGUCCAAAAAACGUGGAUACUGGGCCCCUUAUUGGUAAUGGUAAGGGGGCGCCAGUGGGCUCAGGGCCCGGUCUGUCAUUGCCGCCCAGUGCUUUGGUAGGGCCCCCAUCACCUGCGAGGGGUCUAGCUGGACUGGCACCCCCUCAUGGUGCCAAUGCCUGGGACACAGAUCGCGUCCAAAUCAACAAUCAUCGUAAUCUCAGUUUAAACCAACCACGUCCCCCUUCACAACACAAUUCCAAUGGUGGCCAUAAUCACAAACAGAAUCUGGACUGUAGAACCAAGGAUGAAAAAAGUUGCCAGAAUAAUGAGAUGUCAAAAUGUAACUGCCAGAAACAUGCCUGCACGUCAACGUGUGAAGUAAAAACUGAAACUCUAUCACCCGAUGAAAAGUUAUCCGUUGUGCAAUGCCCCAGUAAUAAAUUACCCAAUUUAAAACUGGAAAAUAAUAACGUUAAAUGUGAGUCUUGUAGUGAUGAAGUGAGUGAAAAUAUACCUUGUGAAUCGAAUUGCAAUGUCAAAUGUGAAAGCGGAUAUAAAUGUGAAAUAUUAAAAUGUGAGCAGUGUGUUAAAGGACAAAUGGCAAUUCUAGAUAUUGACAAGGACUCCGGAAUUUUGUUAAUCGAUGAUAAACUGGAAGGUGAUGGUGUCAAAGAGGAAUUAAAUGAUGUUGUUUUGAUCGAUGAUGAAAAUUGGAACAAACCAGACUAUGAGUCGACAGUACAAGAAACAGUUGAAGAAAAAGAAUUAUCUGAGAAGCCAAUUAUUAUCAAAGAACAAUUAAAAUGCCAAAAGAUAACUAAAAGAAAGUUAUCUCUUGACAGUCUGUCAGACAAUAAAAAAAAGCGUAAAAUAAAUAAAAGAACUUUGUCAGUUGGGUCGGCGCGAGAUUUAGCAAAUAAUGAUCAGAGUUGGAAGUUAUCAGUCCCGAGUGAUACGGUUAUUCAAUUGAUAGAAAAUGUUCCUCAAGUAAAUAUUUCAAAAAAGAAGUACACCAAGAAAGAAACUGUGAAUAAAAAGCGGAAAUCAGAAACAGUAAGCCAGUGUGAACCAGAAGUGAAAAAAUCGAAGACUUCAAAGCUAUUGAUAAACACCGAUAUUUCAUGUGCUAAUCGAAUCGCAAGCGAAUCUUCCAUAAUGGAAACAAUUAACAGCGUAGUUGAACAGAGUUUACAAAUAACGGAAAAGAAUGAACGAAAAUACAAACUUAGCGAACCAACGGAAAGAAAAAAGGUUGCGCAAUUAUUGUCAACUUUAAAGAAGGUCGCGAAAAAAAUUAAUUCAGUUAAAACAGUGCCUAGUAAGAUCACAGUGAGUAAAGUAACUGAAAUCAAAAAUGUUCCAAACAAGACUCAAUGUGAGGUAACAAACGUGCGGUCUCAAGAAUCGAAACCGAAAUUACAGGAUGUUAAGUCAAAAAUUAAAGCUAAGCCUAAGAUUUUAAACGCUAAAUCCAAGACGGAAGAUGCCAAACUAAAGCCACAGGAACCAAAAUUAAUGUCAGAAGUGUCUAAGCAAAGUGAAGCUGUUUCUAAAGCCAAAGUAAGUGAAGUGACCAAUGGUAUUUUAAAUCAUCCUGAUAUUCGAAAACCGACUUUAAUUAAAAACAGACGUAAAAGUACAAAGAAAUCAGUGAACAAAAAAGCAUGUAUUAAAUCAGAGGAAACCUUAGCAGCUGAAGAAAAUUUGGCACUUAUCAGGAGACCAAGUUUGAAACCCAAGUGGAGCAAUGGUUGGAGUUGGGAAGGAGAACCAUAUGAGGCAAAAGUUUAUUUAACGAACGAGGAAUCUGCAUUUCGACGCUGCUACGCGAGCAUGAGGCACAUAAGUGGUGACGUUCUGAAACCUCGGGACUGUGUUCUGCUAAAGAGUGGUCCACGGAAGGCUGAUUUACCGUUUGUUGCAAAAAUAGCAGCGCUGUGGGAAAAUCCACAUGACGGUGAAAUGAUGUUUUCUUUACUAUGGUAUUAUCGGCCAGAGCACACUGAACAAGGAAGGACCCAAUAUGAUACAGAAGAUGAAGUAUUCGCAUCGAGACAUAGAGAUGCUAAUAGCGUUGCUUGCAUAGAAGACAAGUGCUAUGUCCUGACGUUCAAUGAAUAUUGUCGGUAUCGUAAGGAUUUACGAAGAGUAGAAGAGGGUCUAGAUUCACCUGGACUCAUUGUACCACCGGGAGAUCAAUUAUAUCCAAGAGUCAGUCGAUUGCCACCAAUACCAGUGCCUGCGGACAUUGUGCUCUUUUGUCGCCGGGUUUACGAUUACCGUGGAAAAAAGUUGGUGAAGAAUCCUGGAUGAUUCGAGUUCUUGUGAGCUAUUGUGUACAGGAACCAAUGAAAUGCACAAAAAAAAAAGAAACUGUGAACGUGUAAAACUGCACGCAGGUCUCUUAUCACUUAUUGUUAUAGGAAUGUUCUAAGGCCAGAGUCUGCACUGCUGAAAUAAUUACAUCAUAAGGUCAAUGUACGUACGUAUUAUGAUAUCGGCAAAUACACUUCCAAUAGCAAAUGUCACACGAGACCCACUGUCAUCACACUGGCUUUGAAAAAGUGGUUUACGUAUUUCUUAGUUUGUUUACUAACUGCAUUAGCCUUCAAUAUGGAACAUGUUGAUGUGGUGAGAAUUUCGAGAAAAUAAAUUUGAAAAUUCAAAUCGGUUUUUUAUGCCGGUUUGUCUUCUUCCAUUAAUUGUGAAUCGGGGCUAUAAUGAUUAAGUUUUUGUCUCAGAUCCCCUUUCUAUUUUGUACAUACACUAAAAUCAACUCGACUCCAAGACUGGAGGAAUGUUUGUAAUAAUUGAUUAUAUUGAUUUAUCAUUAAUUGAUUAGUGGCAUCAAACAUGAACUAUUAUCCAAUUGGCAUUGCGUUAUUUUUCUUCUUUUUUUAUAUCAAUAAUGCAUGUAAAUUUUCUACCUUGCAAGUCUUUUAUUUCGUCAUUGAUGCUGUUCUGUAUUAAUUUCUGUAAUAGACAUUCUUAGAAAAUUUCAUAAUUUUAUAGAGACUAUUUUUUGCGAGAUAGUAUUUACACAUUUGAAAUAUAUUUUUAAAAGAGGCGGAUGAUUCCAUUAGUGAUUGUAACAAUUUUUGUAAUUCUUUGAGAAGAUUCAGAUGAGAAUCAAACGCAAAACACGACCAUUUCGCAAAAAUAGUUUAAGUCUCUAUCCAGGUAAACUGGGGAUAUCUAAGCGUUUAGUCCUAAUAUGUUACAUGAGACUCCCAUUCUGUGGAUGUAAGUUAUAUUAUUGAUCUAAGGCUUGAAAUUAUUCUGCAUCAGCGAAUAGUAUACGCAAGAAAUAUAAAAAUAUUUCAUGGAUCGUAGUUCAUGCUUCUAGAUCCAGAUAGGAAUGUUACGGGAUGAUAAUUCUAUAUUAUACGGCCAAAUAAAUGUGCCCUCGACUUGAAUUUUGGACUGGAAUCAAAUUCGUCUUAAUUAUACAUUAAAAAUGAAAUUGUAUUUAUUCGAAAUCAACUACCAAACCAGAAUAUCUGUUUACCGUCAUACUCUGACAAUUGGAAACAUAUUUUUUAUUUAAUUUUAUUUAAUUAUUAAAAUUUACAUCUAGGUGAGAAAGUAAAUGUAUAUAAGAAGAUCAUGAUUUUCAGAAAAAGUUUCCAUCACUAUUAGAUAAUAUUCAGGAUUAGAAGUUGUAUUGCAUGAAUUCUGGUUUCUGGACUAAUCGGUAGCUGUUAGGCUACAGUUUCAUUGACAUACAUAAAUUGCGAUUUGUCUAGAAAUUAAUGAAGUCAACUCAGCCUAAAAUACACAGAAACCUAGAAUGUUGGCAAAAACAGUAAAUUCCAAAUAGAGAACCGUGAAAAUGAAUUAAUCAUUUACGAUGUUAGCCAUAGGUGUUUUGUUAAAAAUUAUAUUAUUUAAAAUUAAUAUAUUAUUGAUGAUUAUUUAAUAUCUAAUAUAUUGGACUUAGUUCAUAAGCUAUUUCCCGAACAUGGAAAAAAAGAAGGAAAAAAAAAUAUUUGAAAGACCAUGAUACCAAAACAUUCUUUCAUUUUCAAAAAACAUUUGAUCAUGAUUUAAUAUAUUUUAAUAAUUUAUAAUUUAUGUUAUUAUUUAAAACACCCGAUUAAAAAGAGAAAAAAAAAAACGAGAAAAAAACAGCGUGUUAGUAAUUAAUUUUAUAUUCCUUUUUAUCAUGUAAGGAAAUCGGAGAGUGUAAUUUUUGAUAAAAAUUUAUCAAUGAAAAAUGAGACGUGCAACCAUGUCAAAGAUCGCCGAGUGCCGAGAGAUGGUCAUUUGAUUGAUUGAAAGAAUUUACCUAGAAACGGUUAACAUGGGAACAUUGCACAAUAAUGCAUAUCCUUUGUUUAUUUACAUAGGGAUGAAUUUAAAAACUAACUGUAUCCAUAAUUUAUUAAUAAGCCUAGAGAUAAAACCGAAGCCAUGAUGCUGGCACUUGCAUUUGCUCUAAUCAAAAUACAAAAACAGUUUGUGAAACAUAACUUAAUAAAUUCCAUUGUAUGGCGCUUGAUGGUUCGCUGUUAAUAAUAUUAUUUGAAAACAAACAAAAAGUUCUGAUCGAGUUUCUGAUUAACAUCACAAUUAGCCAAAACAUGCGGAUUCUUUAAUUCAUCAGUUUACACAAUGUAGCACAAAGAACAUGAUCAUACCAUUCAUCACAUGAUAAUUGUAACGAUUUUGUUUGUAGGAGUGAAAAAAAUGCAUACGUUUGGAUUUUGAUAUGUCGUAAUUUUUAUAUUUAUUCAAACUAACAUCGGAGUAUUAUGAUCAAAUCGAAAUUAUUAGUUUUUUUCCACAUGUAUUUGUUGGCAAGGUGCUCAGGUUUGUUCGUGCUAGUUUUAAUUAGGAUCUUGCACGAAUUUUCUGAUUCCCUUCGAUUAAGCUUAUGAUGUUUUUAGAUUAGUUUGGCGAAAUACGAGAUUGUAUCUGAGUAUAUCAGAAAUUCUUGAUGCUCUGAGUCUGCUCAUCUCAUAAUGUGACAACAAAAUACCAACGAAGCGAUUUCUAACUUUGACUGUUGGUGAUGAAUUGAACUUCUGGUUAAAUAAGGUGCUUCAUGUGUACACCAUGCUUUUCAGUUUUCUCUUCAGCGUGUCUGUCUUCAAACCCUAUCAAAGGUGUUUUAAUUUCUCGCUCGUGUUACAUGUAUUACAGACAGUCACUGAUUAGUCACGCUUGUCUCGGCUAGUAACAACUUUAUGAUCACUGGUCUGUUUUUUGAUUUUAGGAGUUGUUAAAGUCAGAAUUUUUCCUCAUUCUUUUAGUGAUUGUAUGUAAACGCACAUGAAGUAUUUAACACGGAUCAGAACAUGUGGCUGUAUUUGAUGAAUCUGGAAUUUUGGUUUCGUGUUUUCUUUAUUAAAAGACAGCCAACCAAACAGCAGUGCCGUAACAAAUAUACAAAUACAAUAAAAAGAGUUAUUUCUACACGAGAAUUAGAAUUAGAGUAAAAGUAUAUAUAUACAUAUAUAUAUACAUACAAAUAAUUCACACAUAUACAUAUAUAUAUAUAUUUAGUUAAUUAGAAUACAAAAUAUAUUAUUAUAUUUGACGAGAUGGAUACUGCAAAAGGGUGACUUAAUCGUGAAAAUUUUUAAAAGCAUGGGCGCAAUUUCUAUAGUGUCAUACUUUGUAAUUGAUAUGCAUAUAUGGACGACUAGGCAUUAUGUAAGCUUUGUAGAAGAAAAAUGCAGAAACCAUAGAUUUAUGUUACGAGAUAAUACGGUUGACCAGCAUAAUUGUUUAUAGUUUAGAUUCCAGACCAUUAAUUAUUGCUGUUUUUGAAGUUAAUUAUUGUAUUCAAAAGUAACAAAUAUAUUGUGCAGUAGUCUGUUGGGAAAUUUCGAAAUGUAACAAAUCCUAUGUGCCAAAUACAAUUUACAAAUUCAAACAAAAACUUUUCAGUUCCUUAUGGGAAUGCAAAGUUUUAUUGAAUCAUUGACAAUGAGUGUUUGCAUCAAGAAUAAUUUAAGCUUUAUUGGAUUUGGAAUUCAAUGUGAACAAGCUUCUUAUGUCUAUGAUAAUACUAAUUUAAAACACUAAAAAUAACUUGAGAAUUUCUCUUGGACCAUCAACAUUCAUUUCAAAAGCAAUCACGCUAACGAGCUACUGUCAUCCGCAACUAUAAACGUGUUAGUCUUCUGUAUUACUCAUAAGCAAGAUCUUCCCAUUAUAAGCCCUUCGCAAUUUCCAUAGAUGACCAGCUACCACGAAAAAAGAACAGAAAUAAGAUGAAAAAGAAACGUAUGCUAGCCUUGUAAGAAUGUACAAUAAACAGAAUCAGUCUAAUAAAUUAUUUCUCAUUUUC